CCUAUCAGCUUCUUCUCAGCUCUCACAGAAGCUCUCACACAUUAGCUCAGUGUGAAGAUGAGCAGCAUGAAGAAGCCAGGAUCCUCUCUUGCGUUGGAGAUUCUUGUGUUGUUCGCCGCUCUCCUUCGCGGUGCGCAAUGCCAGAGCUCUCAGGGCGGCGGCGGCGCCGCCGCCGCCGCUAACCUCAUGGUGAUCGGCACGGUGUUCUGUGACGCCUGCUCCUCCAGCUCCUUCAACAAUCACAGCUACUUCUUGCCAGGUGUUAAAGUCAGACUGGAUUGCAUGAUCAAAGUGAACUCCAAUUCGAAGGAGGAGAUCAAGAUCACGGCCGAGAAGGUCACCAACAGCUACGGCGCCUACCAGCUCGACGUCCCGGCGAUCGACGGCUUCGAGUGCGCCGGCGCCGGGGAGACGACCGCCGAGUCCUUCUGCCGGGCGGCCGUGCUGGACAACCCAUCUGCGCUCUGCAACGUGCCGGCCGUGACCACCACCGUCGGCCACAUCUCCUUCCCGAACCAGGAGCCCAGCGCCUGCUUCUACAGCCUCAACUCCCUCUACUACCGUCCUGGCAAGAAGGGCCCCGGCCAGUGCAACGGCGCCGCCGGCACGUUGUCCCCCGCCGCACUGAACACGUCGCUGUUCUACUGCCCGCCGUGGCCGUGGCCGCCCAUUCCGUUCUGCACACCGCGCCCGUGGUUCCCGCCAAUACCGUUCUUCACGCCCCCGCCGCCGGCGUUCCCGUUCCCGCUGCCGCCAUUGCCACCAAUACCGUUCUUCACGCCGCCCUCGCCUCCACCACCAGCGUUCCCUUUUCCGUUGCCGCCAUGGCCGUGGACGCCACCAGCAGUGCAGCCACCGCCGUCAUUCCCGUUUCCUCAUUUGCCGCCGAUCUUUUCGCCACCAUCGCCCCCUCCCCCGCCGCCGCCAGCGUUCCCAUUCCCUCUGCCGCCGCUUCCGCACCUGCCUCCUUUCCCACACUUGCCACCAUUACCAUCAUUGUUUUCGCCGCCUCCUCCACCACCACCGCCACCACCUCCACCGCCGUCGUUCCCUUGGCCGUUCCCACCAUUACCUUUCUUCCCUCCAGGUUCUUCAGGUCCGUCUCCUCCACCUAUGAAGUAUUCUAGGAAAGAUCCAAGCACUUGGUCUGCUUCCAAAAACCAACCGUGAGUCCGUGAAGUACAUAAUAGUAAUUUCUUUUUAUUCCUGCUGAAAAGGAUAAUGUGUACAAGAUUACUAGGUAUAUGAGUCGCUUUUUUUCUGUUUUAUCCACUGUGAGCUGUAUGAAUUCGAAUGUAAAUUUCUACUUGCACUUUAUACAUUUAUA